AAAGUCAUCAUGCUGAACACGUUACUCCUGCUCUGGAUCGGCUUCUGUCUCCUGUUCUUCCUCUUCAAGACUCGGAGACCCAAAAACUUCCCUCCUGGUCCACAGCCUAUACCAAUCUUUGGGAAUCUGCUGCAGCUGAACCUCAGGAAUCCCAUCAAAGACCUGGAGAAGCUAUCAGAACGCUAUGGGAAGGUUUUCUCUAUAUAUUUUGGGGCAAGACCUGCGGUGGUACUGAAUGGUCUUCAGGCCAUGAAGGAAGCGAUAGUAACUCAAGCUGUGGAUUUCGCAGGGCGACCCAGUGGAUUGUUGGUCAGCCAUGCCACUGAGAAAAGAGGUGUCAUAUUUGCUGAUUACGGUCCCAGCUGGAGGGAACACAGACGCUUUGCUCUGAUGACCCUGAGGAACUUUGGUCUGGGGAAAAAGUCGAUGGAGGACAGGAUUCUGGAGGAGAUAUCCUACGUCACCACACUCUUGGAAAGAAGUGAUGGGAAAUCAAUGAAUCCUCACACCCUGUUUCACAAAGCCGCUUCUAACAUCAUCUGUUCUAUUCUGUUUGGGACCCGAUAUGAGUACGAUGACGAAUUUCUUCAGCAUAUUAUUCACCUAUACAUGGAUAAUACCAAGAUUGCCAAUGGACCUUGGGCUAUGCUCUACGAUACUCUUCCUAUGAUUCGUAGGAUUCCUCUGCCUUUUCAAAGGGUCUUUCACAACAUGAAUGAACUAAAACGGAUUUCCGCAGACCAAAUUGCUCAGCACAAGAGCAGCCGGGUCCCAGGCGAGCCCCGAGACUUCAUUGACUGCUAUUUGGAUGAAAUGGAAAAGAGAGGUAAUGGAGGCUCUAACUUUGAUGAACGCCAGUUAAUAAUGUAUAUUCUGGACAUUCAUGUUGCUGGAACAGACACUACCUCCAACACCCUUCUCGCUGCCUUCCUGUACCUUAUGAAUCACCCAGAUGUUCAAGCGAGGUGCCAGCAGGAGAUUGAUGCUGUGCUUGGAGAGAGAGCACACGCCUCCUUUGAGGACAAACACAAGAUGCCUUAUGUGCAGGCCAUGAUCCAUGAAGUCCAGCGCAUUGCCAACAUUGUACCUCUUAGUGUCUUCCAUCGUACCACCAAAGACACACAAUUGAUGGGCUACGACAUUCCCAAGGACACCCUCAUUAUUCAAAACCUUACAUCUGUACUUUAUGAGGAGAGCCAGUGGAAGUUCCCCCAUGACUUCAACCCCUCAAACUUCCUGAAUGAGCAGGGAGAGUUUGUGAAGCCUGAGGCCUUCAUGCCUUUUUCUGCAGGCCCUCGGAUGUGCCUUGGAGAGGGUCUUGCACGCAUGGAGCUCUUCUUAUUUUUGGUCACUCUGCUGCGUCGCUUCCAGUUUGUCUGGCCUGAAGAUGCUGGGGAACCUGACUACACCCCUAUUUUUGGUGUGACUCUCACACCAAAACCAUACAGUAUGGGUGUCAGGCUAAGAUGUCACCAGGCAGAAUGAAGAAACCAGCCUACAGUUAAAUAUUCAUUAUACAGUUAAUCUUCACAAAUGUAUUAUGACUACAAAUGACAAUGCUAUUCCCGAAUGGAGUAAAAAAUAAAUACACUGUGAUUCAAAAAUAUUUCUAUGUCAGUAAAAUUAAAUGUACUCUUCUGAGCAAAUGCUAGGUUACCACUAUUAUUAUGCCUGUUUACACAUACAAGGAAUUUGUCUUGGUGACAGGAACUUCCACAGCACAGACAGAAUGACAGU